ACCUCAUUCACUCCACCCCCCACCGCACCGCGCCGCGCCCUCGCCACGGCGCGUCAGGUCGCCGCUCCCCGUGUCGCGCCCGUGCGCCCCCCCGGUACCCGUGCUCGUGCGACGCCGACCGAGGCAGGCGGCCGUGCGUGCCGCGACGCAGCAAAGAGGAAGAGCAAGCGACAGAGCGCAGCAGACAAGGCAGGCGAUCCCAGAGCGCGCCGCGCCGUGUCGAGCAGACGAGCACCGCCCUCCUCCUCCCAACGCCUUCUCCUCCACCUGUACGACGGCUACUUGUACAGGCGACUCUAGAGAGAGAAACAUGAGAGAGUGAUCGUGCCUGAUCGAUCUGAUCGAGAGAGAGAGAGGGGUUGGGCAGUAGCCAUCCAUCGUCUUCAUCUCCCAAGAAAAAAAGGAAACAGAGCAGAGCAAAGCAGAGCGGAGUCGAGCAAGAUUGCAAGAAAGCGGAAUCUCAUCACUCCCUCCCUCGCCUCACUCACGUACGUGCGAUCUCUCCCUCUCCCUCGCCCGCUCCCCGCUUUACGCUUUCUCGGUCUCCCCUCCCCAUCAUAAAGCAAUGAUUCCGUCUAGGUCGCUCGCGCCUCGCCACCCUGUUUGAUUCCCGCUCCUCCUCCUCCGCCGCCGAGGACGACUCGAAUCUUGGACGGCGGCGGCGGGCGCGCCGUGUUUCCUGGUGGUAACGAUCGGCGACCCGUUCUUUCAGGACUCCGGCUCGCGGGCGGCGCGGCGGAGUCAACGCCGGUGAUCCGGCCGGCGCCCGCGGAGAUCCAGGCGCGCCGCGGCAGCAGGUAGCUCGCUCGCCGGGCGGGGGCAGGUCGGUCGAUCGGGAUGGGGUCGUUCAAGGGCCACGUGCUGCCGGGGACGCUGUUCCUGGCGGUGGGGGCGUGGCACGUGUGGGCGGCGGCGGCGAGGUUCGCCGCCGACCCGUCCAGGUUCCGGCUGCGGGCGUGGAACCCCGUGGAGGGGGCGCCGUCGUUCCUGGGCGGGCGGAGGGCGCGCCACCUCGAGCUCUAUGUCGUCGCCGGCGGCGCCUUCCUCGACAUGUGCGUCGAGGUGCUCUACUCCACCCACCUCCGCAUCUUCGCCGACGGCGGCAUCAACCCGGCCCACCUCAACGACCUCGAGCACGGCGGCAUGCUGCUCAUGUUCUUCCUCUUCGGCGCCCUCGCCCUCCUCUCCCAGAAGACCAGGUACCUGCCGUUGCCGGAGGGGGCGCUGUGCCUGGUGGCGGCGACGGCGUUCACGGCGGAGAUGCUGCUCUUCUACUUCCACUCCACCACCCACCAGGGCCUGGAGGGCUACUACCACUACCUCCUCGUCGUCGUCGUCGCGCUCUGCAUCGCCACCACCGUGCUGGGCGCGCUCCUGCCGGCGAGCUUCCCCGUCGACAUCGGCAGCGGCGCCGUCAUCACCCUCCAGGGCCUCUGGUUCUACCAGACGGCGUUCACGCUCUACGGGCCCAUGCUGCCGGCGGGCUGCCGCCGCGACGCCGACGGCCACAUCGACUGCCACACCCACGCCGCCCAGGAGCGCGCCGAGCAGCUCGCCAACUUCCAGCUCUUCGGCCUCGUCUUCCUCGUCUGCGCCUACGCGCUCGGGUGCUUCGCCGUCGCCGCCGCGAGGUACGGCCACCCGGACCUGAAGGCGCUGCACGACAAGUACGUCGCCGCCAUGGAGCUCCACCCGCUCGCCGGCGCCGGCGACGCCGAGGGGGACAGAUUCGUCGGCUCGGCGCUGCCGCUGGAUGACAGCGCGAUCUAAGCCGGCGACCUCGCUGUCCGUCGUCGUCGCCGUCGUCUUCUUGGAUUUGGGAUUACAAGGGGAUUACAAGGAGUUCAGAUCACCACGAGGAGAUUAGGAGAUUGCAGAUUAUUUGGGAUUAACCACUAUAAAAAACACAAUUCAUCAUUGGAAGUUUGAACUUUGAUAGUUGCUUGAUUGAUUUUUCUUUUUUUUGUGAUUAUUACGUGGUGUUUUACAUCUGGAUUAUGAUUUUUACUGCUGAUCAGUGCAGAGGUUUUGUCUUGUACAUUCAAUGGGUUAUGGAUGAACAUUGCACAGGAGUAAAACUGUCAUUGAUGUAAAAAAGAAGACAUUAGAAUUUUAAAACUGUUUUUAGACCAGUUCUUUGAUAUGAUCA